AUGUAUGUGAAAUGGUUUGAUACAGUAAUGUUUUACUAUGUUAUUGUAGUGAAUUUAGUGAAUGUCACUUUUUGACAUUUUUUAAAUUUCCCGCCGUUCCGUCCCCAUACGUCCCGACGUCGCAGGGGACGGAACCCAGAAGACAGAUGCCGGCAUCUGCCGGAGGACAUUACUGGGGACACUGCAGGAGGGAUAUCGCAGGACAAGGUAAGAGAAGAACAGAUCCCGGAGCAGCGCUGCAUGGUAUUCCCGAGUGUAGCUUGGUGUUACUGCUUGUGCUACACUCGGGAAUACCGCCAGGGAGGCUAAAAUAA